AUGAUGGCGGAGCCAGGGUUAGCGGUCGUGCCAGUGGGCGGGGUUGGGCAGGGGCAGGUUGGCUUGGCUGUGGAUGAAAAAGAGAGGCGGGAGUUCCAGGCGCGGUGUCAGGCUCACGUUCUCUCCGUGCGCGGGAUCCAUGGCGGGCGUGGUGGGGGCACGAGCUCAGUUUGGAGCGCGGCCGAAACAAAUGCGUUGUACGCCAGGGCCUUGACGGAGUUCGGGGAGAUGGCAGAACGGAAGGUUUCGGCAGCUGCGAAUAGCUCGCGCAAGCGGACUGCAGAAGAAUUCGCAGCGUUCCUUGGUCGGAACCCUUACGGGGUUAGCAUUGAGACCGCUUCUCCUGCGGACGUCGGUGCUUUUAUCGUCAGUGACUGGCUGCCCCGACACAGCGGGAAUUGCAGGACGGUGCUGCCGUCUACUGGAAAGACGGUGGCUUCUGCUUCUGCUGUGAAAGGGGUCGUGAAGGACCUGUCAAAAACAUACACGUUGUUGGGGUACGCCGCCGGGCACGAGAACCCGGCCAAGUCAGAAGUUGUUAAGUCUUAUCGGGACGGCUACGAGCGUUGCCUGCACGACGAGGAUGUGAAGGUCCAGCGCGCCAAGGUUUUCACCGAGGUGAAGUUGGAUGCGCUGCUUGCGCACAUGGCCGACCGCGUGAAGCAGGAGACGGACGCUCUGGAGCUCUGUACGCUGCUGAUGGACCAGGCGGCCGUGUUGUACCUGUGGGAAUCGUUAGCUCGGGGCAAGGAGUGCGGUGCGCUGAGCGCGCGAGAAAUUGAAGGAGGAGCCGCUCCUGCAGCGUACCCUGGUUGGAGCAAAACUGUUCACAAGAACCCAGUGCGCGUAGUCCGUUGGCCCAGGCUGGGACGGGAGUUAGGCUCACCUUCGUCGAAGCUGCUGCACAACUGA